AGUGUAUGUUUUAUAUAGGAUGGAAUAUGUCUACAAAUUGGAUAGAAAUUGUGUUCACUUAUGUUUGUAAAUAGUUUAACGGUUGUAGAUUUAAGUGAUUUUUAAUUUUGUUUCUCUAAAAAGGUUUUAAUGUUAAGGUUAAUAACCAACCAAAGAUUGUUAGACUGUGUAAUUUAUUUGUAUUUCAAAUGAAGUAUAUUAGAAAGUAAGUACCUACUGUUAAAUUCAUAAAGAUAAUGUUUCAUUUCAGUGACGCGUAAAGAUCUUCCGAGAAGUAGUAAAUGGUCGAUGACGCUGGCUGAGAGAAUAAAUGCAGCACAUAUUUUAGUAAACACAACGGUCACGCCGUUCACGUAUUUACUAUUUCCAAGCUCCUACAAAUGUUUAUUUUGUGACGUAAAGUCAUUUGAAAUUCACACGUUGCUGGAACAUUCUAGAAGCCACGUUGUUCCCAAUCACAACGAAAUUCUAAAGGAUAUCUUAAAGAAAGGCAAGAAAAAAAUCAAAGUGGACAUAUCGAAUUUGAAAUGUAGGAUAUGUGCCCAAUCGUUUGUAAGCUUGGAAAAUAUUCAAAAUCAUUUGGCAAAUGUACACGAGAUCGUAUUCACAGACGCUGGCGUCGGAAUGAUUUCGUUUAACUUAGAAACGACUAACGAAAUAUUCAAAUGUCACAUUUGUUCGAAAACAUUUCACAGUUUCUUCCUUUUAAACAAACACAUAAGCGUACAUUACAGUAACGCGAUGUGCGACUUAUGCGGGAAGGGAUUUUUGUCUUAUCAGAGAUUGAUGACGCACCUCCAAAGCCAUCGCAACGGCACAUACCCGUGUGACAAAUGUAAAAAAACCUUUCCGAGUGUAUCAAAACUCAAGUACCAUAAUGACAAACUGCACGGAAAUUUAGGUAAAAAUAAAUUGGCCAAAUGUCACAAAUGUUUGGCGAGAUUCGAACAUCAUUACGAGAAGAUAAAGCAUUUGAAGGAAACACAUGGCAUCUCUUUUACAUUCACUUGCGAUACUUGCAAUUGCGUGUUUAAAACUCGACACGCUCUUAAUAUGCACGUGGUUAAGGAUCACACACAGAAUAUUGCGUGCGAUAUAUGCAAGAAGACAUUCUCGGAGCGAUAUCAUUUAAAAAAGCACAUGGCAACACACACUCAAGAGAGAAAUUUUGUAUGUCCGUUGUGUAAAAAGUGUUAUCGAUACGAGAAAACGUUGAAACAACAUUUAAAACUACAUAAUCCUGAUUGGAAAUUUUCUUGUUCUAUCUGUUGGACAAGUUUUUCCAAUAAAAACGAUUAUAAGAGUCAUAAAACUACAAUGCAUUAA